CCGCGUCGCGACGAGGCCGAAGGAGGGAGCGCGCGCGCGGGAGAGAGAGAGGAAGAGAGAGCGCGCGUGAAAGAUAUACGUGGGGGCGAGAGAGAAGUCGCGAUUGGUUAAACCGCUCUCGGAAAAGCCCGCCUGGCUGCUCGGCCGGCCGGCACUUCGCUCAGUUCUCCACUGCGCUCCGUGUGAAGCGGAGCUUUCGAGAGACACCUCCUCGCUCUCCCGAACCGCGCGGGGUCGACCCUUCGAUCGGGAUCCCGUGCGAGUGCCAGUUUGCCAGGAAAUCGCGAGAGGACCAGGCGGUAUCCCUAGAGCUUUCGCCACUUUGCAUAAGAGCCGGGGAAGGGGGCAGGCGGCAGGGUUGAAGGAAAGGACGACGAUGUGCGAGAGGAAGCUGCCGCGAGUGCUCUAGGACGAGAGGACCCGAACUAACCGAGUGACACCGUACACCUUCGAGAGGGACCCCUUCCGGGAAAGAGCGCGACUCAGCAUAAUCAUGAUGAUGCCGAAGAGAUUGACCGAGCUAUCCAGGUGGCUGCUACUGGCGGGUCUCUUGUGCUGCUCGUCCUGCCAGAGCGUACCGUCUUCCCUCGAGAAUAAAACCGGCGGCCAGAACGACAGCCGGCCGCGGAUAUUCUCCCCCAGGAUGGACUACGACGAGUGGACGCCGUUGGGACGCGGCGACCCGCUGAAGAACAAUCCGACCUUCGACUACGUGCCGCCGGUCCUCGACAGGGUGCAGUACUGGUUGGACUCGCAGCAGCACACCACGGAGCCGUCGUCGAAGCGCGAUAUCCUCGUGCUGGGCGUGACCGCGAAGAAGACCAGCCCGAAGAUACCCGAGCAAUUUCUCAAGUUCGUGGACGGUCCGAAAUUCACGCGGACCGGAAGUCAGGACGCGACCUCGUACAGGAACGACUUCACCGGCAGCACCGGCGCUGAACCGCCCAAGAUCGUGCGCACCACUAGCUUCCGGAACGGCCUGAUCGACUACAGAAAUCAGAACAGGCUGCAGUCGUUGCCGGCCAGUUACUAUCCGAGCCCGUAUUACAGUCAGAAGAUUAAGCCGUACACCAUGAUGAUGCCGCCACCGAUGAUUCAGAAGGCCGAGACGUCCACCAGUUUCAACGUCGGCGCGUCCAAGGACAAACUGAUCGGUUAUCCGGACACGUCGUCGUCGUUUAGCACGCAAACGGAGGAAGGCCCCGUCCUCCAGGAUACUCAGUAUUACGGAACGCCCUCGAGGGAUUAUGGACGCUACUCCCCCGCGUCCUCUUCAAGACCGUACCCCACUUCGAAGGCGCCGCCGAGCAAAAUCGAGACGAUCAAGAGCAUCUACGUACCGUCCGCGUCGCAGAGCACAAAGUCGAGAUACGAAGCGACCACCGCGCCGUCCGUAUCCUUCGAGAAGUCAAAUCUAAUAUAUCAAUCGACACAAACUCUGUCUGGCGGAUGGCUCGGCAACAACGGACCUUCUUCCUCCACGGUAUUUCCUCUGGACGUCAAUCAGGUCACGUGGCAGACGUCGGAUUACUCGAGAGAUCACUACGAGAUCGAUCAUCACGCCGCGGCCUCGUCCAAUCACGAGGUCGUCGUCAGCCAGAACGCGAAUAUCAUCGUGGACGCCAGUAAAAACGAAAAUGAGGAAGUAGUCGUGGGUCAGAAGGAGAUCAGCACCGAAGCAACGUCUUCGACGACGGAGAGCGUCGCGCAGACCUCCACCGCCUCCACCACGACUACGGAUUCAAUCGGGCAGGAAGAGGAAACUGCGACGGAAACGCAAUCCUCGCAGAAGAUGCACAUCGUUGUCGCCAAUUCGCCGUCCAGCGUCAUGGAUCUGCAGACGCAUGAAGCGAAGAAGGGUCCGGUCGCCGUGGUAAUGCCGACGAAUUAUGUCGAGAAGAACUUCUCUGCAAGUUCCUCAGAUCCAUCUACGACAGCGCAUAACAAUGCUUGGGAGAACCCCACCACGUCCGAGAUGACAAAGACGACUUAUCAAGCGCCGAAGUCUCAGUCGCAGCCGGUAAGAAACGCGAUAACGAGUUCGCCAAUUUUGCCGGAGAAUCACCCGUCCGCUUCCUCCGUGCCGAACAGGAUGAUACCGCCCUCCCAGCUUGCCCAUCAGCCUUCGCAUUCGCCGGUAAUGCCCCCCAGACACACAGACGGCCCCUCGCACAUGUUUGUCCCUCCACAGGCGGCCUCUCAAUCCAUGAUGCGUCCUCAGGCCAGACCAAACACCAUGAUGCACUUUAUCGGCAGCAUGCGUCCCGGUUUCCGGCCAUCCUCGCCGGUAUCGAUGUCUCAUAUGUCACCGCCUAUGGCACACAUGCACGCGCUCUCCCUUAACAAUAUGAUGAUACCAAACAUGGAACAUCAAGCUCAUCAACGACUACCUCAGCUGUUCCCCGUGACGUUCACCAGCCCGCCGCUGCCGUCGACUUUCAGCACGCAGAUUCCCGGAUCGGACGAGCAGCCGAUCGACCAUCGGCCGUCUCGAUUACCGACGACAACCGUGACCACUGCGCCGUCGUUCACGCCGACGAUCUCUACCGUCGAGUACACGCCCACCGUGGACACCAUGGACCACCACGAGAGCACAAAAUCCGACAAGUCGCCUCUGGUGAAGAUCCUCAAUGCCGAAGAGAUUCCGAAGAUGAAGACGCCGUCGUCGACGACUCCAUCGCGCACCACGAUCGCUCCGAGUCUAACCACCGACCCGAUUUUCUCCCAUUACAAGCAACCAGCCAAACCACUCCGCGGCCCGAUGUAUCUCAUCAUUCAGGGUCACUCGAAGGUAAAGACGUAUAAACCCACGGUGAGCAAACAUGACGUGCCCGUGGAGAACAACGAGAUCGCGGAGAGCGCGACCGAACGGCAGCUAUCCAAGUUGGAACAGCUGAUUCGGGAAAACACGAAGAACGGCGCCGUCGAUCUAGCCGCGGAGAAGAGAAAGCUGGAAGAGAAGGCGCGCGCCGAAAAACACGUGUCUUCGCGCCAGGAGAGUCUCAUAAGCCUGGUCGAGAGCGGCUUGAGCGGCUUCACCGUGUCACCGUCGACGGAAGACGAGCGUCGCGUAUCCAACUCGGUUACGAGCAUCGAGAUCAAUUAAGGAUUCGCCGUUUACGACAGCUCUCCUAUAGGAGGGACAAGCUCGACAGGCGGAUGCUGGCAGCUGGGGACGUCCACACGCAGGAGUCCCCGCUGCGCGUUGGCAAAAAGGCAGCCGCCAUUCUCAGUAGGGAUGAAAUUUUCUUAGGAACGAGGCCGAUUUAUUCGUUGCUUAUACGCGGUUCGUACCGUAAGUCGUUGGGUGAAAAUCGAUGGCCGAAUGUCGUCGGGCGCGCAUGAGAUGGCAACUCGAGAGAUUUCAUGGGCUGACCCUCGCGCGGCACCCUCUCUCGGCAUAGGAGCUACUUGGGGGAUACGUAUAGCUACAGUACACGCUGACAAGCGAGGUGUCGAAAAUUUUACGUUAUUUAUUUUACCUUUGUCGUUCCGUGAUAUUGAGUGCCUCUAUGUAUUCUUUAAUACCAGACAGUCUGAACGAAUUUACGUAUUUAUAAAUGUGCAGAUAACGAUUGAGUUAUGGUACACGGAGACAAGUCUACGGUAAGCGGAUAUACGAAUGUAUGUUUAUCAUAUUGAUUAUUUAUUCAAAUCGUCGAAAUAAUUCGAUGCUUGAUCACGCCCAUUACAUGUAAUUAUUAUAAUUGUUAUAUUUUAAUGCAUACGUCAUGAUCAUGAAUAAUUUAAUUCUCAGAUUUUAUUAACUUAAUUUAUUAUUUAUUUCGCUUAAUAUGUAGGCUGUAUUCACUUGAUUUUAUUUUAUCACACGCGCACUGCGAGAGUGCACAAAAUCCUUGCGCCGCAACUGUAAUCUGGUCAGCAUUGCGACUGUAAUCGCGCAACAAUUGAAAUCCGAAGCAAUUAGCGACGCAAUCAACGAUGCCUCCUUUUUCACUUUCGCGUCAAUGCCUGAUCGCGCGCGCUAAACAGGAUAGUCGCGAGUACGUGAGCGUGUUUCACGUGCCGAGAUUUUUCUACAUUUGAAUAAUCUACAUUUGAUUUUCGUCGCGGAGAAAAGAUCGCAUCCCUAGAUUUCUCGCAAAGUCACGCCACGCGGAAAGAAUUGCUUUUGCAUCUCCGCUCGUCGUUUUCAUUGCGUUUGCUCGGGAUCAACGAGUGUCACUCGCGAUGAUAACACACUCUCGCUGUCGCUAGAUAACAGCGGCUCGACCAGUUCUCUUCAUGUCCUGCCACGCUUUCGUCCACGAUGAGAGAAGCGCGCCAAUUUCAUAUGUGCCAGUAUACAUAAUUACAUUACAUAUAUAUAUAUAAAAGCG